AGAUAGUCGCAUGGCAACGGGGAUGUAAAAGUGCUGUGGUAUACAUUUUUACCAAGAAUAAAUGUAAAUGAUUUAAAAAAGAUGAUGGUGACACUCAGUGCUUUCAGUGGGAUCAGUGGGAUCUUGUACUAAGUGAAUAAAACCACAUAUAUCAGGGUUAAAACGCGGACAUUUACACCCACCUGCUUUUUAAACGGAAAGUAACCAGACAUGAUGGAGAAGAAUGCUCUCUUGUUCAUGGUGCUCUUUUUAUCUGUGCUUAAUGUCGGUGGGGCGGCUAAUAUUUAUAUCCCCACUGGAGCUAAUUACACUUUUCUUUCAACCAUUACCGAAACAAUCGAAGCUAUUCAGUGGACACACGCUAAUAACAUAGUGGUUGAGUUGGAUUCUUUCAAUUCUAAACCUCACUGGUAUCGAUACAGCGAGCGAGGAGAACUUAACAUUAAGACUGGAGAUCUUACACUCAGGGUGGUGAAAGCGGACAGUGGUGUAUUUAAAGGUCAAUUCCAGGUGAAAGGUGUUCUACGAUAUGCUGAAUACACAGUUACAGUAAUCGAUCCAGUUCCAAAGCCUUCAGUGACUUGUGUGAGGCACAACGAGACACAAGUAACACUAAAGUGUAAAGUGAACUCUCCAGUGCAGCCUAAGUUUAAAUGGACAGGACCGAAUGAGUUCUCUCAAGAUGGGGACAGUCUUCAAAUCAGCAACACAGGAACUAGUGCGAUCUAUUACUGCAUUGUAUCAAAUAAUGUGAGCAAUGACUCAACAGAAUUCAAUCUUUCGAAAUGUUUCCCAGCACCUCUAAAGCUCCAUCAGGUUCGAUGGGAAGCAUCGGUGUACAGCCAUUUUAAGAUCUCUCCAGAGAUGUUCAAUCGGAUUCAAGUCUGGACUAUGGCUGGGCCACUCAAGGACAUUCACAGAGAGAUGUGCCAUGUGCCUUUUACUAAGAAAUGGCUUCCAUCUGGCUACUCUACUAUAUAGGCUUGAUUAGUAAAUUGCUGCAGAGAUGGUUUUCCUUCUGGAAGGUUCUUCUCUCUUUACAGGGACCUCUGGAGCUCUGACAGAGUGACCUUCGGGUUUUUGGUUACCUCCCUUUUUGGUCACUUUUUUCAUGGUGUCAUUAUUGGGUGUUGUGCGUAGGAUUCUGAGGGGAAAAAAUAUUUAAUCCAUUUUAAAAUAAGGCGGUGACAUAAAUUGAUGCGCUGUGAAUAUUUUCUGGAUGCACUGUAGCAGAUACUGUACAUCUUAAUAUAAACUGUUCAAAGGAGUUGCAUAUUUUGGAUGCACUGUUUUACAAUGUAGAAAAUAAAUAAAAAUCAGGAAAGACCAUGAAAUUAGAAGGUUUAGAAGAUUAGUUUAUAUUCACACAACACACAUCCAGUGCAUUUUGAAAAAUGUGAAUGUCAGAAAAAGUAUAUUUUCUUUAGUAAUUUAUUUUAAAAAGUGAAAGUUAAAAAUAAAAUUUUUUUGUACGGCGGUUUAUGUAUUAAUAUUUGGAGAAUUAGUCUCAUAUCCAUUAGACAUGCUUACACUAGACUCAAAACCCCACAAGUGCAUUAGCCGUGAAAAUUGGUUCAUGGUUGUUGACAAAUUUCUGCCUACACAAUUCUACUGUACAAGCACAUAGCACAGUUGUGGAACAAUACCCGAUACUAGUUUCAGUAUUGGUGCAUCCCUGUUUUGAUCUGUAGUGUACUGUUAGUCUUGCAUGCUAAUAGUUUAGAUGUACAGUGGAACCUCGGUUUGCGAGCGAUCCGCAAGACGAGAAAAAGUGUUUAAUAAAAUGAGCAAGUCUUGAUUUAUAAGUACAGAAUAUCAUGUAGUACGCAUGAGCAUUUUUUUUUUUUUAUAUAGAGCUUCACAUGAUCACAACUGAGCCAAUGGUUUUUCUUUCUCACGCACUGGAGGAUUGUGGGUAAUCGUCUCCCCUGCUGGGUCUUGGUGCGUCUCUCACUGGUACAAUUAACAUCCAUGCACGUGUGUACUGUUUACUGUAACGUGUGCGCGCGUAAACCAUCUUUUAUUUUGUGUUAUUAUAACACGUGUGUGCGCAUCUGUAAAGCAAAAGCAAGUCUCAUUGGAAAGGUUAAAGAUUAAUUUUUUCUCCCUCUCUCUCUGUCAGCAUGCACUGAUUCUGUUAGUGUGUGCGUGGACAGCGUGCCCCAUCCCUCCUCCUCUUGCCUUCUCUCUCUCUCACACACACACUGCCUAUUUAGUUUAUAGGUUGGCACCAUGUCCUCUUUACAGACGUGGUGAGUGAUACAACUGUAACAUACUUUGGCAUACUCUUGGGCAUGAGCAUGAGGGCAUAUUGUGUAAAUAAAUAAGAAUGUACAGAAAGAAAGAAAUUUAAAGAAACAAUGUCUAAACAUGGGACUCCUAAGUAAUGAAAUAAAAAGGCAAUCAUUGAGCUUAUGUUGCGGGUUCCAUGUGUUUCACCAUCAAUGCUUGUUAGCUGUUACUUAUUAUGGAGAAGUAACAAGUGGGUGUGAAGUGGCAAUUGACCAUAAAGUAAAUAAAGAUAGGGAGAAUAGAAAUAAGUAGUGAAAAAAUGGUUAUGCUCAACUUGUUCAGACUUUACUUAGAUAGUAUAGAUAAUUGGUGUAAACAUUGUUCCUUAAUAUGCUCUUGCUGUAUUUCACUUACACAGAAAAUUAGCACUGCCCAGUUUUUGGGACCUGAGCAGUAUUAUCAGAAAUUUUUAUAAAACAGAGAGGGAGAGCAUGGAGUAAAGGAAUUUGUUUGAUUUAACUAGGUAAAUUCUGAGUGAAUUGAAGUAUUUUAGCUAUGUUGUGUUCUUCCUUAUUAAAGUAACCAAGUAAUUUUUUUUGCAUUUGCACACACACACACAGUCUAACGGAAACACCGCUCUGUCAUGAUUUUUUUUUUUAAGUGAAGUGCAGGUUAAUUAGUUUCAUAUUUACUUUACUGCACUGAUUCCAUUAAUGUGUAUGCGCACUCUAGUGUCAUAAGAGAUGUUCCUUCUUAAUUUUCCCAAAGAGGCAGUGUUUCCGUUAGAUAGGGAGUGUGUGUGUGUGUGUGUGUGUGUGUGUGUGUGUGUGUGUGUAAAAGUUGUCCCACACAAAUUAGAGAGCAUGAAGGGUUAUUGUGUAAGACGUAAGGAGGGAGAGGGGAGAGUGCCAUUCCUCUCCUCCUCUUACUUUAGCUUUACACGUGCGCACACACACACACACACACACACACACACACACACACACACACACACACACACACACAUACAUACUCAGUACGUACGCACAAACAUUAACGGAAGCCCUUAUCUGUCAGGGUUUAUUCUUAUUUUUAGGGUAAAGUGCAGGUUAAUUUGUUUUAUUUUUACUUUAUAUAUUGUAUUAAUUAUUUUUAUGUAUUUCCUUUUUUGGGCUGUGGAACAAAUAAUCUGCGUUUUCAUUAUUUCUUUUAGGGAAAAGUUGAUUUACGAGUGUUUUGAUAAACAAGCCCACUUCCGGAACUAAUUAUGCUCGCGAUCCAAGGUUCCACUGUACUUUGUUCAGCACAAAGCACUUUUUUGACACGAUUACUAAAGCAUGUGGAAUGUCAAAUAAUAAUAAUGAUUUCUUAUUUUAAUACUAUUGGUAU